UUCCACUUCAUUACACAACCGGUUAUCUUGAAUCACGUAUUGUGUGCAAAGUGAAAACAUAAACAGUCGUGUUACGAAUACGUUCAACUUUGUGUUUUGUCAUUUAAAGUUGUUAAAAUGCCUCCGUUGCUAUACAAAACUGACGCGAGCCCACCAGCACGAACAGUAAUGUUGGUAGCAGAUAUUCUUGGUUUAAAUCUGGAUAUGAAAGAAAUAAAUCCAGUAUUAAGGGAACAGGACACACCGGAACUUACAAUGAAAAAUCCAAUGAGGACUGUCCCUUUGCUAGAAGAAGACGACUUCUGUUUAGCUGAUAGCCACGCCAUAAUUCUUUACCUUUUCGAUAAAUAUGCCAAACGUCAACACGAACAUCUUUACCCAUCUGAUAAGAGAAAGCGAGCUACAAUCAACCAAAGGCUAUUUUUCGAUUGCGGCGUUUUAUUUCCAAGACUCAGAUCUAUUAUGGCUCCAACUUACGGUGGUAAACUUACCGAACCAUCGAAAUCAAUGUUAAGGAACGUCGACGAUGCGUACAGGAUGCUUGAAACCUAUUUAUCUAAUACGUCAUACUUGGCUGAUGACGUCAUAACUCUUGCAGAUAUUAGCGUCAUAACAACCAUUUCAUCACUGAAUGGAUUGCAUCCUAUCAAUGAAAAGGUAUAUCCUAAGUUGAAACAAUGGUUUAACAAUAUGUCACAGCAAGAAUACUGUAAAAGGAUAAACGAACCCGGCAGCAAACAGCAUGUCUACGGCCUAAAGAUGCUUAUGGAAAAUAACAAACAAAAAUCCAAACUUUAGCUCCGAAAAUGUAAAAUGACAUUUAUCAACAUAUUCUGUGUAUUCGAAGCUUUAAUAUAUUUUAAAACAAUAGCAAAGUAAUUGUACACUAACUUGUAUAUCAUCAAGGUAGUUGAGACUGUUUUUUUUUACUAUUGAAUUGAAAAAAAAAAUACACAAUGACCAAGAAUGUUUUAGCACAUUAAUCAAAUCGCUUGCCAUGUUAGUUAAGCAUAAUAAAAAAAAACGAAAAAAAAA